CUUACAAGACUGUGUCAGGUGUGAAUGGACCUCUGGUUAUCUUGGAUCAAGUUAAGUUCCCCAGGUACGCUGAGAUUGUCCACCUGACUCUCCCUGAUGGCACACGAAGAAGUGGGCAGGUGCUGGAAGUCAGUGGCUCCAAAGCUGUGGUUCAGGUAUUUGAAGGCACUUCAGGAAUUGAUGCAAAGAAAACCUCCUGUGAGUUCACUGGGGACAUCCUUCGCACUCCUGUCUCGGAGGACAUGCUGGGCAGAGUGUUCAAUGGGUCAGGAAAACCUAUAGACAGAGGGCCCAUUGUUCUGGCUGAAGAUUUCCUUGACAUUAUGGGUCAGCCAAUCAACCCCCAGUGUCGUAUCUACCCAGAAGAAAUGAUCCAGACUGGAAUUUCAGCUAUAGAUGGCAUGAACAGCAUUGCCAGGGGCCAGAAGAUCCCUAUCUUCUCAGCUGCUGGCCUGCCCCACAACGAGAUUGCAGCUCAGAUCUGCCGCCAGGCUGGCCUGGUGAAGAAAUCCAAGGAUGUCAUGGACUACAGCGAGGAGAACUUUGCCAUUGUGUUUGCUGCUAUGGGUGUGAACAUGGAAACCGCUCGGUUCUUCAAGUCAGACUUCGAGGAGAAUGGCUCCAUGGACAAUGUGUGUCUGUUCCUGAACCUGGCCAACGAUCCAACCAUCGAGCGCAUCAUCACCCCUCGCCUGGCCCUGACCACCGCAGAGUUCUUGGCCUAUCAGUGUGAGAAGCAUGUGCUGGUCAUUCUCACAGACAUGAGCUCCUAUGCUGAAGCUCUGCGAGAGGUGUCAGCAGCUCGGGAGGAGGUCCCUGGGCGCCGUGGCUUCCCAGGCUACAUGUACACUGACCUGGCCACGAUCUACGAGCGUGCUGGGCGUGUGGAGGGCAGGAAUGGCUCCAUCACCCAGAUCCCCAUCCUUACCAUGCCCAACGAUGAUAUUACUCAUCCUAUCCCUGACUUGACUGGGUACAUCACUGAGGGACAAAUCUAUGUGGACAGGCAGCUGCACAACAGACAGAUUUACCCACCCAUCAAUGUCCUGCCCUCCUUGUCUCGACUGAUGAAGUCAGCUAUCGGCGAGGGAAUGACCAGGAAGGAUCAUGCAGAUGUGUCCAACCAGCUGUACGCCUGCUACGCCAUCGGGAAGGACGUGCAGGCCAUGAAGGCUGUGGUUGGAGAGGAAGCUCUUACCUCAGAUGAUCUCCUUUACCUGGAGUUCCUGCAGAAGUUUGAGAAGAACUUCAUUGCUCAGGGUCCCUACGAGAACCGCACGGUCUACGAGACCCUGGACAUCGGUUGGCAGCUCCUGCGCAUCUUCCCCAAGGAGAUGCUCAAGAGGAUUCCUCAGACAACACUGGCUGAGUUCUACCCUCGAGAUUCCACUGCAAAGCACUAGCACAGCUCCCUCUGCCCCUGCUCUGUGCGAUGCUGCUUUGGUUUCCUUUUCCAUGUGUUGGUGUUUACCUGUCGCCCAUACAGUUGAAACCAGGAGUAGGUGACACUUGUGCCAGUGUUCCAUGUGCACUGCUACCAGGUUUGAAAAUAUCCCUUCUCCCACAGCCUGGAUCUUCAGGAGAACAUGCAGGCCAGCUCUUACAGAUGUGCAAUACCCAUCACCAAGCUUGUACUUGGAACUGAACCUUUUGUAGGCAUCUUAGUAUCUGAGGAUUACCAGAAAUGGCAAAUCUUUCUGUCAAACCAGG